AAAGUUCCACUCCCUCCGUAAACUAAUAUAAAAACGUUUAGAUCAUUAGUUUACGGAGGGAGUACUACUCAAAGCAAAGCUCGUAAGAGGCAGCAACACUCAAAACCAGCACUCCAUUUGCUAGGUGCAGCAAUGGAUUUGCAGUGGACCAAGCAAUUCCGCAGCUUUCCCGCUCCACACACACCUACAACAACAUCUACUUCUCCUUCAAAAAAAAAACGGCCGUCAUCCACCUCUGCCUUCUCACGUAUAUAAACGCGCACCGUUGGCGGACCUCCCAAUUCACAGCUCUCCAAUCGUCCGGCCUAUAAACCGUUCAGCUCCCCUGCGCUCGAUCAUCAGCCCUGCUCAACAGAGGUAGUAGUAGGAGUAGCUCGAUGGGACCGGCACCUGGCCGCCUCUGGCUCCUCUUCCUCCUGGCGCUCGCCGUCGCCGAGCUCGGGGCGGCGCAGCAGAACCCGCCUCCGCCGGGCGGGCAGUACUACACGACCAACUUCAGCCCGUCCAUGGCCAUCGUCAUCGUGGUCCUCAUCGCCGCCUUCUUCUUCCUCGGCUUCUUCUCCGUCUACGUCCGCCACUGCUAUGGCGACAACACCUACGCGGCCACCACGCUCCCGAUCGGCGCCGCGGCGGCGCGCUCGCGGCGGCAGCAGCGCGGGCUCGACCCGGCCGUCCUCGAGACCUUCCCGACCAUGGCGUACGCCGACGUGAAGGAGCACAAGGCCGUCAAGGGCGCGCUGGAGUGCGCCGUCUGCAUCAGCGAGUUCGACGACGACGACACGCUCCGCCUCCUGCCCAAGUGCUCCCACGUCUUCCACCCGGACUGCAUCGACACCUGGCUCGCGUCCCACGUCACCUGCCCGGUCUGCCGCGCCAACCUCGUCCCCGGCGACGACGCCGACGCUCCGGCCGCCGGCGAUGCCGCGCCGGCCGAGCCGUCGAGCGUCCACCCCGCCCCGCAGCCGCAGGAACCAGCGUCUGAAACGGAGGCGGCGCACGCCGUCGUCAUCGACGUGGAGGAGAGCGAGGACGAGAGGAUCAUACGGGAGGAGACCGACGAGCUGACGCGCAUCGGCAGCCUGAAGCGCGCGCUGCGGUCCAAGUCCAGCCGCGGGCCAGCGCGCUUCCCGCGCUCGCACUCGACAGGGCACUCGCUCGCCGCACGAGCCGGCACCGGCGCCGAGAGGUUCACGCUGCGGCUGCCCGAGAGCGUGCUCCGGGAGGUCGUCGCGGCCGGCAAGCUCCGGCGGACGCAGAGCCUCGUCGCGUUCACGGCCGGCCGCCAGGGCAGCACGCGCCGUGCGCUCCGACUGGGCGGCGACGGCAGCAGCCGCAGAGGGAGGAGCGUGCGGCUGGGCCAGUCCGGCCGGUGGCCGUCGUUCCUGUCGCGGACCUUCUCCGCGGCGUGGGGGUCGAGGUCGACACGGAGGGCCGAGUCCGACGGGUCGAGCAAGGGCGGGAAGCCGGCCGGCGCCGGCGGCAAGUCAGUGGAGUGCAACGACCAGGCGUGCGCGGCUGGACAACGUGUUUAGUUUGACCGGGCCGUCCGCCGUGGUCAAACUGCGCGUGCUUGCGUGCCGCUUGCUGGGAAAUGAAACGGUUGUUGCUUUCCGUUUGUCCCGGUGGAAUUUCUCUGCUUGGUGGGAAUUUUUUUGUAGGAUCAUUGUUUUUUUUUUAUCAUCAUUUUUUCUUUUCUUCAAAAAACAUGUACAUAAAAUGGUGUUUGGUUAAAGUUAGAUAUUGUUCACGCACCAAAGAAGAUAUUAAAGGAGAUAUUCGUGUCAA